CUGAACCAAAUCGUGCUCGGUCUCCGUCUCCACCUCCGCAUAUCAUCCUCCGCUUCGCUUCCGCUCGAUCGAUUCCUCCCCCCCAUCACCACCACUCCUCCGCCGCGUCGCCGUCGCCGUCACCGACAAGCCUCGCCUCUCCUCGCCGGUUCGCCGUCGCGGCCGCCUCCUUUGUCCGCUCCAGCGCCCUCCUCGGCCCGGAUCGGCCCUUCCCCAGAUGGAGAGGGCACUUGAUUCCUUGACGUACAAAGGCUCCAUUCCAGACGCUAUCCUUCAGUCAAGAAGGGAUAACAAACUCUUUGUAGUGUACAUAUCAGGUGAAGAUGAGACUUCGAGUAGUUUGGAACAGUCGACACUUGUUAAUGAAAGUGUGGCUGAAGUGAUAGGCAACUGUUGCGUAUUCCUGCAUCUAAAACAAGGCAACGUCGAUGCAUCCCAAUUUUCAGCUAUAUAUCCACAGAAGGCUAUCCCAAGUAUAUCUGUCAUUGGACAGAAUGGUGUUAUGCUAUGGUGUCAUGUGCUAUUUUUUUUUUUUUUUGCUUUUCUUAGAGGGAUACAUCAGCUCGAAAGAUCUGAAAGAAAAUAUUGAGAAAGCUUGGGCUACCCUUCACCUGCAGGGUACAGCAGCAGCCUUUCUGACUGCAUCACUUGCUUCAAGAAUGACUGAACCUGUGAAUACCACCCCGACCACUCUACCUACUCAAGGAGGCUCAUCUGCUGCAGAGAAUCCCUCUACUUCAUCAAAUCAAUCUACAGGAACUUCUGGAGCCAGUGGGUUUGCUAAUCCUACUGAUUCGGUGGCACAGCCACCUAGAAGCACAAGCCGUGAUGAAACUCCCAGCAUAAGUGAAAAAGAAUCCUCAAAUUUGGAUUCAAGUCCAGGUAAUAGAACUGUUCAAGAAAGGCCAGAUUCAGAUAGUGCGCAAGUUAAAGGUUCUUUGCCUGAUCAUCCAAGGAGCUCAAAUAUAGAAGGUUGUGCAAAUCCAGUUCAAUCAGGCAAUACAGCAUCACUAAAACAGAAAAAUAAAGUGGAUGAUGGUUUCACCAAAGUUUCCUCAGAGUCAGUUCCUACCAGAGUAGCUAGUAGAGGUAAAUCGUCAAAGGUAGCUGUGGAUCAAGACAAGGCAACAACCACUAGCACCCCUAUUGAACCUGCCCCUGUGAGGUCAAAUGAUAUUCAGCUGGUCGUUCGCAUUCCUGAUGGACCUAGUCUGCAGAUUAAACUGACAAAAGAUGAUAACUUAAGGAAGGUGAAGAAUUUUGUGGAUGAAAACCGUGCUAAUGGGGCUGGAUCUUACGAUCUUGCUAUGCUUUAUCCAAGAAAAGUUUUCACUGAACAAGACAUGGAAGCCACGUUGCAUGAACUGGGUAUUGAAACCCGGCAGGCUCUCACUAUUGUUCCACAUCAUAAAACCAUUCGAGCAGCAAAGCGCCAAUCAUCAUCAUCACCCCAUGAAGGGGAUAACAAUAUGGAUGCAGACAGCUCAGGUGGUUCGGGAUAUUUCGGUUAUCUGAGAACUGCCCUAUCGUUUGUGAAUCCACUGUCCUACUUGAGAGCAAAUGCUGCUCCAUCAAACCCUGAUCAGUUGGCAAAUCAGGGGUCGCCACAGUACAGACCGAGCACUGGACCCUGGAAUCGUCCUGGAGAGGACACUGCUUCGGAAAGCCGUAUUCCUGAUAGUGCGAGGCAACAGGCUGCUAGGGAUACUAGCUCCGGGAGCACCUUGAGGAGGCGGCCGAGACAAUUCGGUGGCAACGUUCACAGUUUGAGAAGUGAUGACCAAGGCCCAUCUGAUGAUAGGAAUGUUUACUGGAACGGGAAUUCUACAGAGUUCGGAGGCGAAGAUAAGAAAUGAGAGCUGAGCACCGGCAAUAUCAUGGCAGAGUUAAAUAUAUACUUGGACAAAUAACACGAUCUAGGUAAAUAAAUACAAACAAAUUUGAGAUGUUAAAUUCAGUGGUACCAGUACCACAACAUAGACUUCUAGUGUAAAAUGAUAAUACAUCUGAUGAUUGGCUGUGAUGGUUCGUUUCCGGGAGCCGAUUCUUCGUCAGUUUGGGUAGUAUGGAGAGAUAUUUUCGUUUGCAUUUUGUCUGUGUUUUUUCUGGUCAAAAGUUUAUAAUGUACUAUACUCGUAUGCCAGUAGGGAGUGCAAUGGUAAUUAAUAACCUGUUGAAAGUA